CUCACCCGCUGCGGCCCCUGCACCCAGCGGUGGCCUCUCAACCAGCCGCUUGGCCUGGGGGAGCCUGACCAGCCCCGAGGCGGGACGGACAGGGGCGGUGACCAAUGAGCGGAGGGAACGGCGAGCCGCGGGGCGGGGCAGGCGCCCGGCCUGUGGACGGCUGUUGCUAAGCCACCGGCCGAGGGCGCGGGCGGGGGGCGAAACGGGGCCGCCGAGCGCGCCCCUGGCGGCCGGCGCGGGCCAUGCGGGCUCCCUGCUCCGGAGCUCCCCAGGCGGCCCGGCUGCAUCGGGGGGGGCGCCCAAGGGUUACCGCCCCCUGCUGAGAGAGGGGCGAGCCCGUAGCCCCCUUUCCCGCCCCCGGGGCCGAGGGGGUGGGGAACUGACCUUGCGUCCCCCCUCCCCCCCCGCAAGUGGCUUCCUGAGGCCACCUGUGACCCCCCCCCCCAGCUCGGUGCAGGGGGCUAGCAGCCGCCCCGGCCCGCCCCUUCCGUCGUCCCGGCCGGGCGCUGCAGCCGCCGCCAGCCGGGCCCCGCGAGCAGCGCCCAGGGGGGCCCCGCGAGCUCCGAGCCGGCGGGACGCGUUGCUUGUAAAGAGCCGGACCCCGGCGGGAGCAGCGGGAGGGAGCUCGCGGGGCGCGGCCGGGGCGCGGCCGGUGCCUCUGGGAUGCGCCGGGGGCCGCUUCAGCACCCGAGCGCCAGGACAGCUCUUGGCGGGGCUCGCCCGGCCCGGCUCCGCGCCGGCGGCGGCCGCCUGGAAUCCGAACCCUCGGGACGUUCUGAACGGAAACCGCCCCUCCCUCCGCCACAGCUACCGGGCGGCCGCGGGCCUGGGCGCGGCGCUUUCCGGGCCCCGAUGGCUCGCUGGGCGGCUCCCCGCCGCGGGCUCGGAGCCUCGCCCCUGGGGACCGUCUGAUGCCGCCAGCAGCGGCGAGAUGGGAGAUUCAGACCAAGCAGCGAGUGAACUGAAAAUGCUGGGCAAGUGGAUCCUCCUCCUGCCGUUAUUAGCCACCCAGCUUCAGAGCAAAACCCAGGAUCCAUACAAGCAGGAAUGCAGUACAAGGGGAAUUCAGUGUCAUCCAAAGGCAAUUUGUCAGCUGGAUGAAGUGACAACCUAUUUCUAUUGUCAGUGUCUGCCAGGAUAUGAGGGUGACGGCACUAAUUACUGUCAAGAGCCUGCUGACAGCAUAACUGUUUUCAAUAAAUCUGCUUGUGACGGCUUUGGAGAGCAGGUUUGUCUUAUCAAAGUGAUGACUGGAAGAAAAGUCACUUUCAGAGUCUCUCUUUCUGGGAACCACCAGCCAUCUAUGAUAAAAUGGUACAAAUUCUACUCUGCCCAAGGACCCCAGUUCCACAGUUAUCGAAGGAGAUUGACACCAGCUGCUAACCUGUCCCCAAAGAUGGCUCUGGCCAACAGCAGUCUGUCUCUGAAGCUGUUUUCUAUUGAUGAGGAUGAUUUUUACCCAAACAUGUUCUGGGCUGAAAUCCAAGCAAAAGCCUUGCCUGAUAAACAGGCAAACAUUGAAGCGUAUGAUUUCACAGACUUUCAGAUAUUAAACCCUUCCCACUUGAGGUACUUUUUCGUCCUAGAAAGAAUGCCAAUAGAGCUUGGACAGUUUCUAGAAGGAGACACUGUUACCAUCCAGCUGCCUCAGUAUCUUCAGGUGUCUCCUUCCAGCUUUGUAAAGUGGACCAAGGAGCCUUCGCUCAUGACACUGUUUGAUACCAAUGCUGUUGUGCUGGCCAAUGGGACUGAGGGGAUUGAGAUCAAAGGAGUAAAGAAUAAUGAAUUUGGUUACAUCCGAGCUCUUGUCUAUGAUUUCACCCCUGAUGUUCCUGGAAGGGUUAUGGUAGCCCAGAGGCUCUUCUUCAUAAAGAAGGAUAUUAGUAAAAUGUGCAAUGGAACUCGGAAUGAAAAGAAUUGCCACUGUAACCCGGGAUUUGAGGGAAAUGGCGUACACUGUAUUGAUAUAGAUGAGUGUGUGGAAGGGAUGCCCAUGAAGUGCCUGCCCGAGGCUGAAUGUAUCAAUAGAUAUGGAUCAUACUUUUGUCGUUGCCCACACGGAUUCGAAGAUAUAGAUGAGUGUGCAAGAGGUAUCCAUAACUGUAAUCAGGAUGCUACUUGUCUGAAUACUCUUGGCUCCUAUUUCUGUGUGUGUCAGAGUGGGUUCAUUGGCGAUGGCAUUCACUGUAAAGCAAAAAGCAUAUGGUCCCCAUGGUCUCCGUGGUCGGUCUGUACUGUCACAUGUGGAUACCAGAACCAGAUGCGGAUCCGCUUGUGCACCCAUCCGGAAAGUGGAAUGCGUUGUGAGGGACCUUCUGCUGAUCUCAAGCUUUGUCCCAAUCUAGAACCAUGCCCAAUGAAUGGCCAAUGGUCAGAAUGGUCACCCUGGUCAGUGUGUUCUGACACCUGUUUGGGAAUCAGGAAAAGAAUCCGGAUUUGCAAUAGUCCUGCUCCUUCCAGAGGAGGUUUGCCCUGUGCUGGGUUAAAGGAGGAAGUCACUGUGUGCAACAACAACAAAUGCCCAGUUGAUGGGAUGUGGUCUCCGUGGGCAUCCUGGACUCCCUGCCCCAUCUCUUGCGGCCUUGGCGUGGUGAGCCGAUCUCGACGAUGCAAUAAUCCUGCCCCAGAGCACGGGGGAAAGAACUGCACUGGACACGGAUAUGAGGAAGGUUCUUGUGGAUUUCCAGAGGAUUUUUGCAAAUACCUGAAGCGACCAUCUGAAUCCAUUAUACCAGGGAAACUGAUCCAGUAAUCAGUCUAAGGAAGUUAGUGUGCUGAAAACCUAUUGAAAUUCAGUGGCCUCUAACUCACUUACAUGCCUUUGAAAAGUCCAGCUGUACUGAAAAGUUCCAGAAGAAACCUGCCUCAAUAGAAAACUUAUAGUCAUAGUACUUACUGGAAAACACACAGUAUUGGUGUUGGAACCAGUGUAGUGUACUGAAUGCUAAGGCCUAUGGUGUUCAUGACUUUAAUAGAGAAGAAUAAAAGCUGGGCACAAAAUGAAGACUUACAUAAUUACUUUUUUUGCUGCGAGGCAUAGGGAAACUUGUACUAUGCCUUUGAAUAAGAAGCUAAACCCCGGUAAGCAAAAACAGUGAAGCCAAGGAUGGGGGAAGGAUGCCAGGGUCCAAGACAGACAGAGAAACCAGAAGCACCCUUUUGAGAAGUGGGACAUAAAGCACUAUACUGUCUGCAGAAUUUACAGAUAUGAUAAAACACCCCUGUCACUAACACUGUAUUUAUGGCACUGCUUCAUGGGCAGGGAUGGUGUCUCUAGCCUCU